UUUAAUGAAGUUAAAUUGAAGCUGCAUUGUUUUCAAACAAUUGAACUGAAAAACUAAACAUAAAUUCUUUGCUGAAACAUGACAGCUUUUAUUUAGACUUGUUUGAAAUAUGUAGUCGUCAUCAGUGAUCAGUCUGCAUGUUUCUCGAGUAAUUGAAUCAUUUUACUUAUAAUGGAUACCGUAUUUGAAGUAGCAGAUAUGUCUGAAGAACCUGAAAAACUUGAUUAUGAUAAUAUAAGCAUCUCCAACAACAGUAACGCUACAGAAAUGGUACUGGACCUUCUCACAUUUACCCACGAAUCAAGAAUUGAAGCGAUUGUGUACGGCAUUCUUUUCUUUCUGGCUGCCGGAGGUAAUGUACCCGUCCUUAUUAGUCUGAUCAGAAAUCGCAGGCGAAAAUCACGCAUUCAAACCAUGAUACUCCAUCUGGCCAUCGCGGACUUAAUCGUCACUUUCAUUAUGAUUCCUCUCGAAAUUUCUUGGAGGAUCACUGUGGAAUGGAUUGCCGGAGAUGCUGCCUGCAGAAUCAUGCUCUUUCUCAGAGCUUUCGGACCAUACCUGUCAUCGAUGAUACUUGUCUGUAUCAGCUUGGAUAGAUAUUCAGCAAUCGUCCACCCUCUGAGAGUGAACGACGCUCAAAGACGAGCGAAGAUUAUGCUCUAUUUUGCGUGGUUUACAAGUGGUAUCUGCAGCGUGCCUCAGGAGAUGUGUUCUCUUGUCCAACAUAAACAUGCACCUCUGUGUCCUCGUGUCAAGGGGAUACAAAUAAUUGAUCUUCUUACAUACAGACCUGUAUUGCGCAGGCGUCUGGGCACUGAAGUACCUGAGCCACUGAUCUGCCAUGAGCCACUUAUCUGCCAUGAGCUGAGGCACAGUAAUGUUACUCCUUCUUCAGGCCAAAAGAGCUAA